AGAGUAAACAUUUUUCACGAACAUCAUCGUCACCAUUCAAAGAUACAAUAUCAAAUUGCUAAUUAUGCAUUCUAUGAAAUAUGUUUGUAUCGGCGGUAAAUAUGGCAGCCAACCAGCCUGCAACGGAACAAGGGCACUUCCGUUUCUGCCAAACAUGUCAGCUUUAGAAUUUACGGUGGCUAACUCAGUUGAUAAAAACAAGUCAUCUUGCAACGGAAGACGAGGCGAACUGAGUAUGGCACAUACGACAAGACCAGCUUCUUGUAGUCUGCUCAACUAUGUCCUUUUGAUCGGCACUGGAGCAGAGGUGAUAAACGAUUGCGACAACACUGAUUCAGGUAUGCAAGCCUAUCCUGACAUCUAUUAUACCUUGGCCUCAGAUGAAAACAGUUUUAAAAUCGAGUCAGCUCUAUAUCCUCUAAAGAAACCUUCAUCUGUUCGUGUAUUUGUGAAUUUGUAUGGCAAAAAUGGAUCCAAUAGCACAGACAAUUCUACACCCAACGUGACUAAGUACACGUGGAGUUUAAACUGUUUGUAUGCUGCUUUUCCUGCUGUUUUCCUCGAGAUCCUGUCCCUUGGUUCAAUAAUUGUGACUCCUCGUACACAAGAACUAAAUUUAAAAUUUCCACAUUUUUGUUGUAAAGUUCCGACGAGAGACAGGAAAAGGAUGACGGAAGAUUUGCUUGCUGCGGUAAGUCGUAUUCUGGAUGAACUCAUAAUUGCACCUUGCAUUCCUCCUUGUUUUCCUAUCUUCCAACUUAAACAACUUUUCCUAAUUUCAUUUUAUUAAACUUAUAAGGUAAAGAAAGGAUCCUUGCAGUUUCCCUGCUAUCUCAGACUUCUACGAGACUCGAAGUCGUACCCCCAGAUAUUAGGGAACUUAAGCAGAUCACGACGGCGACGGCAAUGAGGACGUGGAAAAACAAAAGAUCUAAUUGGUAGCACAAUGGCUAACCACGUGCGUUUUAAAGCUUUGUACAUUUCUUAGUCGUACUUUACAAAACAACAACUUGUGUCGUCUGCGAACGGAA